AUGGAGGAGAUUGGUAUUGUCGUAGUCGAAAAGGAAGACUUUGUCGUGACUGAAUCACGGCCUGGGACGUCGCAAACCAUUCCACACUAUGACCCACUGGCUUUGGACAAUGAAGAUUUAUACGUCAAAUAUAAGCGCCUUCAGCGACAACUUGAGUUCUUGGAAGUUCAAGAAGAGUAUAUUAAAGAUGAGCAAAAGAACUUAAAGAAAGAAUAUCUGCAUGCACAAGAAGAAGUGAAACGUAUCCAGAGUGUCCCUCUGGUUAUUGGCCAGUUUCUGGAAGCUGUUGACCAAAAUAAUGGUAUUGUUGGAUCUACCACAGGUUCCAACUACUAUGUGCGUAUACUCUCUACCAUUGACCGAGAACUGCUAAAACCAAGUGCCAGUGUAGCUCUCCAUAAACACAGUAAUGCAUUGGUUGAUGUUCUGCCACCUGAAGCUGACAGUAGUAUCAAUAUGUUACAACCUGAUGAAAUUCCUGAGGUUACCUACUCAGAUAUUGGUGGUAUGGAUAUCCAAAAGCAAGAGGUGCGGGAAGCUGUUGAGCUGCCACUUACACAUUUUGAAUUGUAUAAACAAAUUGGUAUUGACCCUCCUCGUGGUGUGCUUAUGUUUGGUCCUCCUGGCUGUGGGAAAACCAUGUUGGCCAAAGCUGUUGCACAUCACACAACAGCAAAAUUCAUCCGUGUUGUCGGGUCUGAAUUUGUCCAAAAGUAUUUGGGUGAAGGUCCUCGUAUGGUGCGUGAUGUCUUUAGACUGGCUAAAGAAAAUGCUCCUGCUAUCAUCUUUAUUGACGAAAUAGAUGCCAUUGCUACAAAACGUUUUGAUGCCCAAACAGGAGCUGACAGAGAAGUACAGAGAAUUUUACUUGAACUUUUGAACCAAAUGGAUGGUUUUGAUCAAACUGUCAAUGUAAAAGUAAUAAUGGCAACUAACAGAGCUGACACUCUGGAUCCAGCUUUGUUACGUCCAGGACGUCUGGACAGAAAAAUAGAAUUUCCUCUGCCUGACCGUAGACAAAAACGUUUAAUCUUCUCCACCAUCACAAGCAAAAUGAAUUUAAGUGAAGAAGUUGACCUUGAAGAUUAUGUGGCCAGGCCAGAUAAAAUCAGUGGUGCAGAUAUUAAUGCUAUCUGCCAAGAGGCAGGAAUGCAGGCUGUCCGUGAAAACCGCUAUGUGGUGUUGGCUAAAGACUUUGAGAAAGGUUAUAAAAACAAUGUUAAAAAAGAUGAAACUGAACAUGAAUUUUACAAAUAA